AUGAACUCAAACAAUCACAGCAGUGAACAGAGGCGCACCACAAAGCCCGCGUUUAAUUCGAAAGAGGCCUAUAGCUACAUACAUGUAGAUAUAGAGUGGGGAAGAGUUCUUCUGAUGCUAGCUAGCCGUGUUCUUGUAUCCCGGUCAAUCAUCUCCACCAUGCCGCCAAACACGAGCCAACCACCGCAGAGAGACGAAGACCACCGCAUGGUGACUCGUACAUUCUCUGUGAAGAUCCCCGCGUCCUGGACGGCAGCAGACGUGCAAACCGCGAUCGAUAUGUGGAUCCUAUUCUUCCCGGGAAGACGCCCCUCCCAAGUUUCCGAAGAAGAAGGAAAUGCGUUCGUUGAGAGUGCCUUCGCAACCAGCCAACCCGCCCACGGUGAGUUCGAAGAGAUACCCCCCAACCUCACCGAGGACCUCUACCACCUCGCCAAACGCACAUACCUGCGCUACUUCAAGAUUGAAGCGCCCAACACGCUCAUCGAGCAGGUCUACGGCAAGAACCUCAAGCUGAAGAACCCGCGCGGCUUCCUCACCAUCAAGAAGCGGAUGAUGGCCCUGAUGGUUUCGAUAAAGUCGAACACGCUGCUCAAGUUCUACGCCCAUGUGAAGGAGGCACUGGAGAAGGGAGGGGAGGCCAUCCGGAAGUGCAGGGAUGAUGCGACGAUUCGUCAGUUCUUUGCGGGGGUGUUUACGAUGAAGGAUGUCAUGGGCAUCUUCUCGUGGGCGGAUUCGAUCAUUGAUAUUGAGAGGUCGAGGAAUAGGGUGAAGAACUUCAUGUAUGGGAUUUACACCAACAUGUGCACGAAGAUCAAACACCACCUUGACGAUCCACUGUGCCCAAAGUAUGACCGUCAUGCGGUCCUCGCCUUCUGGGACAGCAUCGGCCAAGAAAAGGCAUGGGACAAUAUCGAUCUGAGCCAUUUUGCCCUGCGCCCAAGAGACCUCAAAAGGAAAAGGAUCAUGCCAAGCGGCGGGGCCGGGAAGGGUCGUAAGAAGAACAAGCUCGGGGAUCAUGUCGAAUGGGAGUUGCCGAAUGUGGAGGAGGGGAAAGAGGGCGAGAAGGUGGUUGAGACGAAGGUCAAAAAGGAGGUUAAUGAUGGCUAA